AAAAAAAAACAAAGGGGCAGCAAGCAUCCUAGUAUUGUUAUCUGCAAUGGCAGUUGCUCCUCUUCGUCUCCGCUAUCUCUUCCCAAACCACACAAACCUCAACUUCUCUCUUUUCAAACCCAAUGUGUUGUCACUCACAUCAUUUUCCCUCUCUCCUAUUUCUUCUUCUUCUUCUUCUCUUUCUCAAAAACAAUAUCUUCCUCUCCAUUCCUGCAGGUGCUCCUCCAUCGCCCCCGUCUCCACAACCACCUACGAGUUUUCCGAUGGUUCUGCAGAGGUGGAGUUAAGACUAAAAAUAGGAGGUUUGGAUAUUCGAAGCUCCAGAGACAUAUCAGUUGAUACACACGAUACUUCAUUAGCUAUCAGAGUGUUGCGGCAAGGAGCUCCCAUCACACUUAUAGAAACUAAUCCUCUUUUUGAUAGGAUUAAAUCCUCUGAAACAAUAUGGUAUAUAGAUGAUGACGAACUUGUCAUGAACUGCAAGAAACAGGACCCGGAUUUGAAAUGGCCUGACAUCAUGGAGUCGUGGGAAUCACUUGCUGCAGGAUCUUCACAAAUCUUGCAAGGAACAUCAAUAUAUCUUGUUGGUGAUUCAACAGAAAUCAACCAAAAAGUGGCUCAAGAGCUGGCAACUGGUCUAGGGUACACACCACUUAGCACAAAAGAGUUAAUGGAAACAUAUACCAAGCAGACUGUGGAUUCAUGGCUGCUUGCCGAAGGCUCUGACUCAGUAGCAGAAGCAGAAAGUACUGUACUAGAAAGCAUAAGUAGUCAUGCUAGGGCAGUGAUUGCAACAUUAGGAGGGCAACAUGGUGCUUCUGGAAGAGCUAAUAAAUGGCAACAUCUUUAUGCAGGAUUUACUGUCUGGUUGUCACAGACCGAAGCACUAGAUGAGGAUUCUGCAAGGGAGGAGACCCACAAAAGUGUCAAAGAUGGCAGAAUUUCAUACACAAAUGCAGAUGUAGUUGUUAAGCUACAAGGCUGGGAUCCUGCUUAUGCCAAAAGUGUAGCACAAGCAUGUUUAAGUGCCCUUAAACAGUUAAUCCUGUCAGACAAGAAACUUCCAGGUAAAAAAAAGCCUCUACAUAAGAUUGGGAUGUCGUGGUGAUUGGCCAAAUGUCAAACCCCCUGGUUGGGAUCCAUCAAGUGAAGGUAACACAACUCUUGGCACUCAUUGAUGAUGCUUGAAAUUGGUGAGUAACAUGUAAUUUGUUUAUACAAGUUUGUCUACCACAAAGGUAACACAAGUGAUAGAUUCUGUUGUUCAUGCUGUUAUUCUAGUCACUUUAGUUUGAUAACUAUGUGAUGGAUGGUGUAACAUAAUUAAGGGCUUGUUGGUUGCAAAA